ACUUAGGCGUGCCUGCGUCUGCGCGACCGGCGCUCACAUUCCGGGGCUGUGGCGGCUUCUUCCUCCCGCGUCCGGGGCCCGCGGUGAGGGCUCUUGGGAGUCGGGCACUGGCGUGGGCUUCGCCGCCGCCGCCGGCCCUCUGCCGUGACUGGACUGGCCCGCCCGGAGCGGGCGCGGCCGAAGUAAACGGAACGGGCGGGAGCUUUCCUGCCUAUGGGCGGCCCCUGGGCGCUCUGAGGGCCGGGCUCCGAGCGGCCGAGAAGAUGAUGCAUCCUGUGGCCGGCAGUAAUCCAGCGUUCUGCGGGCCUGGCAAGCCGUCCUGCCUCAGUGAAGAUGCCAUGAGAGCUGCCGAUCAGUUUGAUCUGUACUCCUCCCCGCAGAACAAAUACAGCCACACAGUCAGCCACAAACCAAUGGUCUGUCAGAGGCAAGACCCGUUAAACGAAACACACUUGCAGCCUACCAGUGGCAGAAACAUAGAGAUAAAAGAUGAACUAAAGAAAAAGAAAAACCUCAAUCGAUCUGGUAAGCGAGGCCGGCCUUCGGGAACUACCAAGUCAGCAGGAUACCGGACCAGCACAGGCAGACCCCUGGGAACUACCAAAGCAGCUGGAUUUAAAACAAGUCCAGGCAGACCUUUGGGUACAACCAAAGCUGCAGGCUACAAAGUCAGCCCAGGGAGACCUCCAGGUAGCAUCAAAGCCCUGUCCCGUCUUGCAGAUCUUGGCUAUGGCUGUGGCACUGCUGCCUUUCCUUACCCUAUGAUGCAUAGUAGAGUGGUUCACGGGCUUCAGGAACCUAGUGCUGAAGUCAAGCCGCCCAGUGAGUGAGCCAGGCAGGAGCAUGGGUUAGGAGCAGAUUGUUCGUCACCCCAAAGCUUGUUGCUUUAAGUUGACAUGAUCUUACCACGUGGACUCCCCAGUUCUGUUUCUGUUUGCUCUCCCUCACCCUGCACUUCCUUUUCUUUCUUUUUGGCUCAGAAGCUGCCGCAGUUAAGAAAUGCACUUUGGGCAGGAGUAGAACAUUGUAUCUGUAUUGUGCACAGUUCACCACACUCAGCUAAGUCAUUUGCUGUCCCUUUGUGCUGUUUUUUUUGUUUGUUUUGUUUUUUGUUUUGUUUUUCGAGACAGGGUUUCUCUGUGUAGCUCUGGCUGUCCUGGAACUCACUCAAUAGACCAGGCUGGCCUCGAACUCAGAAAUCCACCUGCCUCUGCCUCCCAAGUGCUGGGAUUAAAGAUGUGCGCCACCCCUGCCUGCCUUUGUGUUGUUCUAAGUGGACUCCUCAUGUGCUAAGCAGCUGCCCAAGUUAACUUUCCAUUGUGAGUAACCCAGUGUGAGGCAUUGUAACUGAAGGGGCAGAACAACAACUAGUGAGCAGGUUACAGGGGUAGCUGUGUGAGUUUAGAACUCUGAAGUAAGACACAGCUGUCUGGAAGCUUUGGAACUUAAAACACAGCUUCUUAUUUAUUGCUUUGCAUGACAUUAGUUGAUCAUUAAUCCUAAAGCAUUGUUUAGUGUCUGCAUAUGCACCAAACACUACAAACAACUCAUACUUAGAGCCCUAGAAUACUUUAUAAACCUGCACAUUAUAUUUAAUAUACAAGAAAAAAAGAACCCUUAAAAGUCUUCAUGUGGCUAUAAUCAUUCUGUUUUGUCUUUCACAUACUUAGUUUCAAAGUAUUAUAUUUUAAAACAUUUAUUACUAUUGUUCAUUUAUUUAGAAUGGUUUUUUAGUUUUUCUGAAUAAUUGUUAUUACACUCCUUAAAUACUUAGCUGCAUUUUCAGGUUUAUAUCUACCAAAGGACACAAAUUGAGUGGUCAGCUGCAAAAUUGGUCUAAGCAGUAAGCAGUUUCCUGGCUGUUGAGACCCAAAUACCAAUAAAUGUAACUCAGUAUAAAUGAAACCUGUAAAAUGAAUGCUGGUUAGCAUAAAAAUGGCAUCGUGGCUCCAGGACGACUACUUCUUCCAAAAGAAGUCUCCCUAGUGAGGCUUGCUUUAGGAACAGUAUAGAAAAGAGACAGGUACUAGGCAUGUAGGUCUAUUUAGGGAGGGCAACUGUCUUUUCUGAAAGAUUUCUCGUUAAUACACAUUUUAUUCUGCGUUCUAAGUAAAAUGUUACGAACUUUAAAAUUGAAAAGCUUUCCCUAGGCUAGGUGUGGUGGCCCGUGGAUUUGAUGCCAGCAUUUGGGAGACUGAGGCAGGCAGAUCUCUGAGUUUGAGGUCUAUAUAGUGCCAGGACAGCCAGUGCUAGGUAGAGGUCCCGCCUUAGAAAACAAAACAAAACAGAAAAGCUUUUACCGAACUGAAAAAAUUAUGCUUUUUUACUUGCAUUUUAAAAUGCCUUUGAGAUUAAAAUGUAGAUUUACAGGACUUAAAAACUUAAAAAAUCAGAAAUUUAAAAAAGACACGUACUGGUUGUCUAGGCUUGCUCUCAGUCCGUGCAAGCUGACUGUAUGUAAGCACCAUGUUCCAGACCUUUAUCAGGGGACAAACAGCAAAUCUCAGGUGCCCCAUGAGAGCUGGCACAAUGGCUGGACAUGUGCUCCUACAGGAAGCGCUGUUACAUUGCACGUGGGUUCAGUAACCUCAGCAGUAGAUCUUCUCACAACCAUCGGGGACAGCCGAGCAGUGCUGGGUUAGCACUUAACCAGCUGUAACGUCCAGACAGCUAAAGUGCUUCAGAGUUUCUUCUUGCAGAAGCCUAGAAUAUAAGACUUAGUAGUUUCCUUAGAACAGUGUAGCUUCUGACACGUGCACAUGCUUGCGUCCUCAUUGAUGUGUUCAUCUGUCACCUGGCCGUGUCUGAAGUUGUUCAGCGCUGGCUGUUUAGAAGUCCUUGCACGGCUAGUUCCUGAAAACAGUUGAAAUAGUCUAGUGUAGAAUAAUCUCACCACCAAAUGUAAGGACUUGGGUGCGUGUUGUUUCCUAGUGAGUACACAGGGCAUCCUUUCAGUUUGACUUCAUUCCUGGUUUUGUACCUUGUCAUUUCUUGUUGCCCUUCCCACACCCAUCCCCUUCCCUCAGCUCUCCAGCACAUCUCCUCAGUGGUGCUGUGCGGUGUGUCAGAAGAUAGAGUGGAUUAUUGUAUAAUAAGUUUCCGAUACAUGUUCAUGAAAUGGGACAUUGGUGUAAGGAGAUAUGUUGAUAACAGUGUUUAUGUCAGGAGCUCUAUCCCAGGAAAGGGAGGCUGGAUAGAUGGCUACAGUUGUGAAUGGAUGACGUCACUUAGGAACCUGAAUUUACUGUUCCUGUGAGCAGUCACCUGGAAUAUUAAAUGUGUGCACUGGUGAGCAUCUGAUUCUGCUUUUCUCCUUGUGGACAGUUUACUAGUGCCAUGCUGGAGAGGCACGGUGAGGACAGAAGUGAAGUCUUCACAUAAAAAUAUUUUUACUUCUACAUGAUCUAAAGACUGCAUUCUGCAUCUUUUGUAACAUGGUCUUUUGUCAUGACAGACACUGAAAUAGCAUGUGAAACAGUUGCCUAGAUGCCAGUAUAUUCAGUCGGGGAAAACUGUCAUUCCCCCCCCACCCCCAACCCCCACUGUAUAAUUGUUCCUUAAAGGGUAAAUUGCUAAUUUUAUACUGUGUGAUUCUAUUCUUCAUAAAUAGGUUUCACUAUUCUAUAUUAAAACUUUGUCAGAAAAUGAUCUACUAUUCAAGUAAGUUUGUUUUACUUUUUUCUUAAAAGGAUAUUUUAACAUGCCUUAUUUAUUAUUGUUAUCAAAUCAAAUAAGGAGUCAAUACAGAUGAAAAUUUCAUUUUCCACAGGUAUCACCUUGCCUAACUAAUCUUUAGUAUGGGGUGAUUUUGAUACUAUCUUUGGAGUUUUGCACUGGAUAUUUAAAAAAAUAUAUAUUGGCACAAUAUAUUGAAAAAUUAAAUAGUAUUUGGUUUAAUUUUUAAUAUUUGAAACAUUUUUAAUUAGUGUUUAAAUCAGAUUAACAAUUCUUUGUAUUUUUAAUUACUUUUUUAAAAGGAACAUCUGAAAAGUGGUAUUUAUUCAUUCCAAACUGGUGUUUAUGUGAAUUUACAUAUAUUUUCAUGAAAUAAGAAUAGAGUUUCUUUGAGGUAAAAUCUGGAUCCAUUUAUUAUGAGGUUAAAGAUGCUUCAUCCAGUGUAAUAAUGACUACAUUAAGUUUAAAUGGUGAACUUCUUCAUACUUUAAGAAGCUUUAAGAGAACAGUUCAGGGGAUACUAAGAUGAUUGCUCUGUCAGUUCCUUGUCUAUAUGCAGUAAAAUUUAUGAUCCGUUACAGUAACAUAACAAUUCACAAUAGUCUUGGGCAUAAAAAGUUUUGAUGCUCUUUUGUUCUGUCUGUUCUAGCAUAAUGACUGCGCUCAAACUCUUAAGAUGUAUCUAAAUAUUUGCUUUUCUCCCUUUCCUUCCAAGUAGACAGACCUGUGCUCUCACAUACAAUGUAUUUAAGUUUUUUAGAAGUGAUACUGUAGUAAGUCAAUUGUGUGAUUUAAUCAGGCCACUCUGAUUCUUUGAUUCACAAUUUCCUUUUUCCACAGACAAUUAUGAAAUAAUUACCAGUUAACUGAUAAUAAGCACGUUGUCCUCUGCUGUAAAAAGUCUGAAUAGAUACUGUGUAUGUUUUAAUGUCCAUGAACUUGAGCUACUCGUGUGCAAUUAUGUGUAUGGAAUGGAGUAGUGUUCAUGAUUUGUAUCUACAUCAUCAUAUGGAUGUAUAUUUAUUAAUAAAGUCAUCACUUUAAAACCAA